AUGGCAAAAUUAGAAACUUCCGAUAUAAUAGCAAAUAUACAUUGUUCAUCAUCAGGUGUUUGGUCAAAUUGUCAACCUAAUAUUCAACGUCGAAUAAAUGCUUUACUUAAUUAUCAAGCAGAAUAUUUUCAUUUACGGAUGGAUUUUCAUCGAGAACUUCAAGAAUUACAAUAUAAAUAUAGUUCUCAAUUUGAAAUUUUUUUUGAAAAACGACGAAAAAUUAUUGAUGGUUCAUACCAAUUAUCGGAAUUUAGAAAUGAUUUUCCACAAAAUCAUUCAAAUAUUCUUGAAAAGGGUAUACCAAAUUUUUGGUUAACAGUUCUUAAGAAUCUCGAUUCAUAUGAUUAUCCUAUUCGAUCAAAAGAUGAACUUUGCUUAAAAUAUCUUAGAGAUAUUCGUUGUAUUCUUAAUCCACCAAAUUCUCAAACAACAAGUUUUCUUCUUGAAUUUCAUUUUUUACCAUCCAAUCCAUUUUUUACUGAAACAAUUCUUACUAAAUAUUAUUCUAUUCGUUUUCAAUCGAAUGAUUCAAAUCCAUAUCAAUCUUAUGAUGGACCGGAAGUUGAUUAUUGUCAGGGUUGUUCGAUUACAUGGACAUCUAAUCAUAAUCUUACAAUUCAAAAACGUAAUAGACGUAUACGAAAUAAAACAACAGGAGCAAUUCGAUUUAUACCAGUUGAAAAAUCUAUUAAAUCUUUUUUUGAUUUUUUCUCACCACCAAUUAUUCCAACUGAUGGUAUUCAUGAAAUGAUCGAUGAAGAUCAAAUACAUCUUGAAGCUGAUAUUGAAUUUGGAUUAUUAUUAAAACAACGUAUAUUACCAAAAGCAGUACUCUAUUACACAGGUGAAGGUUUACCUGUAUAUGAUGAUAAGGAACUAACUUCAUCCGAUAGUUCUCAAUAG